ACCCCGUCCAGUGGGCGGAGUCAAGCCGAACCAGGAGGAGCUAAUUUGGGGUGUUGUGGAAAUCUUGAGUGGGAGUUUUCAGGCCGAUUUGUUGUGUUUUCUCUGCCGAUUCGCUCCGUUAUCCGAAGCGCCGGACGCAACUAUGCCCGGAAUAGAGAAGCUGCCGUUGGAGGAGACGCUGGAGGACAGCCCGCAGACGCGCUCCUUGCUGGGAGUGUUUGAGGAGGACACCGCAGCCAUCUCCAACUACUGCACACAGCUCUAUCAGGCCAUGCAGAGAAUUUAUGAUGCGCAGAACGAACUGAGUGCAGCGACUCACCUGACCUCCAGGCUGCUGAAAGAGUACGACAAACAGCGUUUUCCUCUAGGGGGCGACGAUGAGGUGAUGAGCUCCACCCUGCAGCAGUUUUCAAAGGUCAUCGAUGAGCUGAGCUCCUGUCAUGCUGUCCUGUCCACCCAGCUUGCUGAUGCAAUGAUGUUUCCCGUCACUCAGUUCAAAGAGCGAGACCUGAAAGAGAUCCUCACACUGAAAGAAGUCUUCCAAAUAGCCAGCGAUGAUCACGACACAGCCAUUAACAGAUACAGUCGCCUGUCUAAGAGGAAGGACAAUGACAAGGUGAGAGCGGAGGUGGUGGAGGACGUCUACACCUCACGCAAGAAGCAGCACCAGACCAUGAUGCACUACUUCUGUGCCCUGAACACACUGCAGUACAAGAAGAAGACGGCUCUGCUGGAGCCGCUGCUGGGCUACAUGCAGGCUCAGAUCAGCUUCUUCAAGCUGGGGUCUGAGAACCUCACCCAGCAGUGGGAGGACUUCCUGGGAACUAUAGGAACCAGCGUCCAGAACGUACGUCGGGAGAUGGAGGAAGAGCUGGGGCAGAUGCAGCAGACCAUCCAGGAGAUGGAAAGUUCAUGUGACCCUCUGUAUGCACCAUGUGACCCUGACCCCGCCCACUCACCUGUUUGUCGCAACCUCACCAGGAAGCAAGGCUACCUUUACAUCCGGAAUAAGACGGGCCUUGUGUCGUCGUCCUGGGAGCGUCAGUACUUCUUCACGCAGGGAGGAAACCUGAUGCACCAGAGCCGGGGCGAGGUGGCUGGCGGUCUGGUCACUGACCUCGACAACUGCUCCGUCAUGGCCAUCGACUCUGACGACCGUCGAUUCUGCUUUCAGGUCACCUCCUUCGACGGCAAAAAGAUUGUGACGCUGCAGGCGGAGAGCAGGAAGGAUUGUGAAGAGUGGAUCGCAACCAUCAAUAACAUCUCCAGGAGGAUCUACCUGAGUGAAAAUGCAGAGGAACUGGCAGCCAGAGUGAACCAAACAGCCCUCGAAGCGGUGACGCCAUCACCUUCAUUCCAACAGAGACAUGAGAGCCUGAGACCCAGCAGUAAGGGCAGAACGGGCCGAACCAGCAGCAUCAGCUCUGUUGGUUCUGAGCCAUCACCCGCCCUUUCUGUCCUCUCAUUGGACGCUCUGGUUGCUCCGGACACGCCCAUCCAGUUUGACAUAAUCUCCCCCGUCACGGAGGAGAACUCGGGUCAGAGCAAGACGGCAGCGCAGCCCGGCAGAAGGAGUAAUCCGUUUGGAGAGUCAGGAAAUAACUCACCGGAGGACAGCGAAGAUUCCAUCCUCCACCAGCUGUUUAUCGUUCGGUUCCUCGGGUCGAUGGAGGUGAAGACAGCCGAGUCGGCAGACGUCAUCUCUGAGACCAUGAGGCAGAUCUUAGCCGCCAGAGCCAUCCACAACAUCUUCAGGAUGACCGAGUCUCACCUGCUCGUCACCUGCGACUGCCUCAAACUCAUUGAUCCUCAGACCCAGGUCACCCGACUCAGGUUUCCGCUAUCCAGCAUCGUCCAGUCUUCGUCCCAUCAGGACAACAAGAGGCUGUUUGGUUUUGUUCUGCAGGCGGCGGGCGGCCGAGGGGACACUCGAGUCGUCUGCUACAUCUUUGAGUCCAACAACGAUGGAGAGAAGAUCUGUGACAGCAUCGGUUUGGCCAAGCAGAUAGCUUUUCACUCAGAGAUGGACCGUAAAGCGGUGGAGAAGAAGAAGGAGCAAGACAAGGCCAAAGAGAAACAGCUGGAGGAGCUCAACAAGCAAAGACAGAUAGAAAAGGAUUUAGAAGAACAGAGUCUCUUGAUCGCUGCCUCGACUCGCCCUGCCAACCCGGCCGCCCCUGACGGACAGUUUCUGGUGCUCAGCAGCAGCCAAUCAGAGGAGAGCGACGUUGGGGAAGAGGGGAAGAAGCGGGGUGAGUCAGAAGCCUAAUGCCUCUCAGUGGAGGUGUGCUUUUUGGCUCCCAGGUGAUUUCCAGCCGUUUUGACUAAGCAGCUCAGGAAUCGGACGACUCGCCUGCUAUGGCUCGCUGGGACUAAAACACGUUUCCUCUGCUGGACUGAAAACCCGACGCACCUCUACGUAAGAGGAGAAGGCGGGGAAAAGAGAAAUGGUUUUUAUUCUGUGCAAAAACUCACAGCUUUUGUAUUUCUCCACCUUUAGAUUACCUGUAAGUUUCUGUUUUUAAUGUUUAUUUUUUAAGAAGAGCCAACAGUAAUGUUCAAACAGAAGCAACGAGUCGGGAUCUGAAGGAGGCGUGGAAGUAAAAUCCCAGUGGGAAACUGGAGCUUGAACAGAGAGGAACAGUUUCUCAGGCAGGACACCUCAGCUGAUGACUCUGUCAAAUGUUGCUGUUCUUUAAAGGAGAGAAAAGGCACAGUGUUUAUUUUGAAAAGGCCUUCCUUGUCUUCCUGUCAUCUGGCAUUUUGCUGUUUGUCCUGAAGACGAAUUUUCUUUCUAUCCGUCCGUCUUUCUGCAUCUUAGUGGAAUCUCGGAAAGAGAACUUCCCGCUGAUUGAGAUGAGCUGCAUGUGGAACGAUUCCUGGCACUGUGGUGCAUUGAUUUAUCGUAUUUUCCUCUCUUACUUUGUAAAACUCAGUACAGGCAAAGACUAAUUUGUUGUCAUGUCUGGUAAAGUGUGUAAAAAGCCAUUUCAUUUGUUGAAACGUAUCCAUCUUUUAGUGCAGCAGCAAAAUCUUAGUCUGAUCCUCUGAAACAACAGUGAAGAAGCCAAAUUUUAAACUCACUACAUUUAUUAGGUGGGGAAAAUAAAAAUUGUGUUUAGCAAAAUCAUGGUGGCACAGUUACUGCUAAUUCUAAUGAUCCCUGUAACAUAAAUGUAACUGUAACGUUGUUUUUAGGUUGAUCAUAGUUUCUAGGAACGUCUAAUCCAUGAUCUCAUGUUUCCUUAGGGUAUAAAUAUGACGUGACACAGAGACCCAUUUAUUUUAGCUACUGGCCCAUACAUGGAUUGUUUCAGAGAGAUGCCAGGAAGAGGCCUUUUGCCUUCCGCCAUCGCAAACAUGUGGAGUUUAUUGAUUUUUACCAGAAAUCUGGGCUUUGGUCAGAUUAGGCCAAGUAUGGUGGAGGCUCUGUGAUGCUGUGGGCCCUUUCAUUAGAAAUCUUGACUCUGGCAGAAAACUAUAAAUGUGUCGUCUUGAGUCUUUUAGCACGGUAAUGAUCUAAAUCUUACGGCCGAAUCAUCACAGAGAUGGUUCACCAGACACAUCACCCUUCUUCCAUGACCAUCUCAGCCUCCAGACCUAAAUCCUGUAGGCGACCUGAGCUGAAGAGAAGAGAGGAAUUGGAGAGGAACCAGAACUCUGGACCAUCUAGAAGAGCCUUACCUGUGUGAGCUCCAGCCUUGUUAAACGUUCUAGAAGACGAGGUCCUACUUACCCCACUUGCAAUUUUGUUAAACACAUUUUUUUCUUAAUUUUCUCCCUUUUUUAUUUUAACUGAGAUUUUGCUGCUACAAUAAAAAUUUUAUUUUUACAGAUAUUUACCCAGGCUGCCUACAUGUUUGUGCCUGGAUGAGGCCUGAAGUCGGCUUUUAUUUGAAGGUGGAAGGAUUCUUCUGGAAACUGUACCGUUCAUCUUCUUAAAUCUGCUUUCAGCUUUUCUCUGUGAAAGUUCACCUUCAGCUCUUAAACACUGCCAUGUUCUUACCCAGACUAAUGCUGGACAACGUUUGGUUUUCCAGCCCUCAGACAGGCAUUAUUACACCCUGAGUCGAGUCUGUCAGGCACUAAAACAAAGGAAAAAGCUGCUGACUGUGGCUCCAUCUUUCCUAUGACUAAUGUCCAAACUGUGGACUGCUUCCUUCAAACAUUUGUUUGUAAAAACCACUUAGAGGUGCCAAAGUGUCUAAAAUACUAUCGAUCAAGGCAGAGAACACUAAAAGCAAAAGAUCUGCCUGAAAAAGGUGAUGGAAAGUAGACACCACUGAGCUUCAUGCUUCACAUAUUGAAAUCCUAACUUCACUGGUGAAACAGCCUCCAAAUGUAAACAGAUCAGCUGAUUGGCUGCUGAUUAAAUGCAAAAUUCAACUAAAUUCAGCCACUCUUAUAGUAAAGGUUGUUUUUUCGUGGUGUAGGGAUCAGUCUGAUUAAUAAAGUUACUGAUGUGUUAUUUAAAAUUACUGACCUGCUUCUACCUUCCCAGACGUUGUUUCUGUGGGACAAGAAUUGAACAUUUAGGGCGGAAAGGAAUACAUUUUAGGGGUAUUCACAGAAAUCUGCCAGUCAUCUGGAUUCUUAAUGUUUCUGAUUAUCGACACUGAAAAUACACAGCAAAGUGCUUCCAGUGUGAAUAAAUAACUGAAUUCAGAUAUGAAAGACUAAUCAGGCUUAUCUCUAUGUUUGUACAUUUAUUCUCUUCUGUGUUUGUGUUUUCUUUAAAGGAACCCAUUCUCAGCUCGGUUUGCCAACAUUUUAAGCUGCUAUUAUGAAUAAAAACAACUCUUUACAUUUCAGAUGUUUGUUGCAUAAAAACUUACAUUUUCUUGAUUUUUCAUGUUUUAAGGCCUAUUGUCUUUUAUCGGUUUUGUUUGGUGUAUUGGAUGCUGAUUGCUCUUCUCACUUUUUCUUUUUGGUCACGUUUUGAAGAAAGAAGUAUCACCUAACACUUCAGAAUAAUGUGUCCUAAAAUCGGACUCUGAUCGUCCUCCUGAGUCAAAGCGUUUGUGUUCAUUUUGAUCUGGUGUGGGUUUGUGCUCUGAUUCUUUUGGGCCUUUUUUCAUGUGAACUGGUUUGCCUUUCUCCCAUUGAUUCAAGAGGAAAAUCAAAAUACUGAACCUGAUUCUCCAAAUUACCGCGGUUGUUUCCCGGCAGUAAAAAUACUGAUUUAAAUGAAUCAUGUUUAUAACCAGGGGUAAAAGUGAAGGAGCUGCACUUUACUGAUGCAGAAAAACACGACAGGAUUGAUGAUUAACAUCGAGCUGUAAAUACGUUCAGUACAGAUUGAUGUUUCAAUGUGACGAUGAUGAUGAUAAAGUUUCAUUGAUUUAAAUAAAGCACUAACAUUCA